AUGCAUAAAGCUUAUUCAAAGCUUGAAGACUUGUGCGAGGAGCUAGGUGGCGGUUUUACGCAUCAAUGUCUUCAAGUGAUUCAAUUUGUUGGUUGGAAUGGAGUCCAGACAGAAGUUCAACUUGCAGAUUAUUUGAUAAAAAGUGCCCCACAACUUGAGAAGCUCAUUCUUGAUCUCCGCAUUCCAGAGUCGAAGCAAACGGAAGCGGGAUGGAUGAGCGAAGAUUAUCAUUACUCUGAAAGGAAUUGGCAAGGUCGGGCAGAUGCUUUAUUAUGUGCAAAACAAUUUGAGAUUAAUUUCCAAAAGCGAUUCCCCAAAGCUAGAUUGAUAAUAGUACAUAGGCUUCAAUCUUCUGAUACGGAAACUACGUCAAUUAGUUAA